CAUUUGGCACAAAAAGCCAAACACAACGGUGGCAAGUAGAAACCUUUCCAGCUCUGUUUCACCCUUCUCAUUGCCUAUCACUCUUUUACACAGUUCCCCCUCUUUAACUCUUGCUCACAUUCUCUUAGCAUUUUCGUAACAACACUAAAAAGGAAUGUCACUACCUGUCCGAAUAUAGACCCGUUCACUUGUAAACCAUGCCCAUUCCCUGUUUUCUCCGCCAUCUCUGGACCACUCUAUCCAUCCUCUCUUCUUUCGCACCUAACAUCACUGCAUCUCUUCUUCACUUGUUUCUUUUCUGUCUCUGAGUUGAAGUGGAACCUUUCGCUCUUCGCUCUUCGCUAUUCGCUGUUCUUCCUUCCAAGUGAUAUGGAUGUAAAGAAACAUGUUUUAUCAGAGCAAUUGUUACCAAGGGGAAAGGUGUUUUCUAGGCUGGGCUGGGGGUUGGUAGCCUCCGUUAUUGUAAUCACGGGACUCUUGCUUAACAACUCUCUUAAGGGUCCUCUUGUGUGGUCUUUGUUUCAAGGCUCUUAUAGUGUUAGCAAUGCCACCGUUUCACUUCAUUCCUCUUUUCCACUUUCUUCUUCUCCUACUCCUCGUCCUUCUGUUUCCCUUACUAAUGCCACUGAGGAACUGCAGAAGCCUUUGGAUACUGAGAAAAAUAUUGAAACUUACAAUCGGGCAAAGGUUGGUGAAAAGCAAGAUUUUUCAGAGGAGAACGAGGAUGAUGGGGUGGAUAUUGAUAUAGAGGAAACCCAGUUGGGGAAUGCUGAUGAGGGGGCUGAAAAUAGAAACUUUGAUGCUGAAGGAGGAGGAAGGAUUCAACAGGCAGCCCAAGAUGUAAAUGGCUCGGUUGUUCCUGAAAAUGGAAACCUUCUAGGCUCAAAUGGAGAUGGAGUGAUAUUGGAUAAAACCCAGUUGGGGAAUUUCUCUGAGACAGUAAAUAAUGUAAGUUUGGUUGGUGAAAAUGUGAACGCCAAUAAAGUUAUUGAAGGGGAAUUUGUUGAUAAUCCCGGUGAUGCUAAUACUGUGAACCCAGAAAACAACAAUGUGGACAAUUUGUCAAAUAAUGGGGAAGUUGUUGGGCUUUCUGUUGGAGAAGACAAGGAUAUGGAACUGACUGAUCAAGGAAAUUUGGUUGUGGAAAAUAAAACCAUAAACUGCCCCGGUGCUGAUCCUCAAGUUGUGGAAGGACCUAAUGGUUCUUUUGAGACUUGUGAUUUCUUUGAUGGUAGGUGGGUCAGGGAUGAUCGUUCGAAGCCAUAUUAUCGUCCAGGUUCUUGUCCUUACAUUGAUAGAGAUUUUAAUUGUCAGCGCAAUGGAAGGCCUGAUAAUGGCUACAUUAAAUGGAGAUGGCAGCCAAACAGAUGUGACAUACCAAGGCUGAAUGCAACUGAUUUUCUGGAGAGACUGAGAGGAAAGAGGCUAGUUUUUGUCGGGGAUUCCCUGAAUAGGAACAUGUGGGAGUCUAUGGUAUGUAUUCUUCGCCGUAGCAUCAAGAAAAAGAAAAGAGUUUAUGAAAUUUCUGGAAGGAGCGAUUUCAAAAAGAAGGGUUUUUAUGCUUUCAGGUUUGAGGAUUAUAAUUGCUCGGUGGACUUUGUUGCUGCCCCAUUUCUUGUUAAAGAAUCAUCUUUCAGGGGAGAAAAUGGAUCAAUUGAGACACUCAGAUUGGAUUUGAUGGAUCCAGCAACUUCAAUGUAUCAUGAUGCUGAACUCAUGGUCUUCAAUACAGGUCAUUGGUGGACCCAUGAGAAAACUUCCAAAGGAGAAGCCUAUUACCAAGAAGGUGACUAUGUUUACCCACGACUCAAAGUCCUGAAAGCUUAUCAAAAGGCACUCACCACCUGGUCCAGAUGGAUAGACAAGAACGUUGAUAGCAGUCGAGCUCAGAUUUUCUUCAGGGGAUAUUCAGUCACUCAUUUCCGGGGAGGCCAGUGGAACUCUGGUGGAAAAUGUCACCAGGAAACAGAGCCCAUAUCUAAUGAAACUUACUUGACAAAGUACCCUUCCAAAAUGAGAGCUGUAGAACUUGUGCUUCAAAAAACCAAAACUCCAGUUAUAUAUCUGAACAUAAGCAGGCUUACAGACUACAGAAAAGAUGCGCAUCCUUCUAUUUACAGAAGAGAAUAUAAGACGGAAGAAGAAAGGAAUGCUGCAGUGCGAGUUCAAGAUUGCAGUCAUUGGUGCUUGCCUGGAGUACCUGACACUUGGAAUGAGUUGCUAUAUGCGUCACUGCUGAAGGCUGGAAGGGGAAUUUGGAGAAAGUGAGCAAUGUUCACUGCUGAAGGCUGGAAGGGGAAUUUGGAGAAAGAGAGCAGUGUUUGUAUAAAAGCUAGAGGACCCAAAAUGCUGUUCUUUUAGAAAUAUCCUAUAAUUUGGAUGUAUUCUAAGGCUUUAGUAUGUUCAGGAUAGCAUAUUGAGUUGGUGUGAAGAAGGCAAAUGUAAAGUCCCUAAUCAGUAUCUAGAUUGGCAUUUCAAGUUUGAAACAGUAAAGUUUUUUAAUUCUUUUUUGUCUUGGUCUGAAAGCAAAAACCUUGAAUUCUACCAGACCGCAGCUGAAAACCAUUAUUUUAGUGGAAAUCCCCAUUUGCGACUCUGUUUAUUCUCUACUUCAA